AAGUGCCCGUUUGGUCUCAAGAUUCUUUAGUCCAGGCUAAUCUCUCCGAGCUAGCAGCGUAUAGCUGCCGAUACCGAAUAGCAGCGUCGUGCAGCUGCAUCUUCAACCAUACACGUUCCAAGCUAUGUUUGGAAUGCUGACGCAUCUGUGCGCACUGGGGCUUGUAGGUGCUUGCGCACGGCACGUAGACCCGCAGCUCAUGCAGAUGCAAACGGCCGUUCUCCUGCAUGGCAGUGGGAUCCGGCAGGGAUGCCAGACCUCAACCAAGGGCGACGCGUGUUACGAGAAGGUGGAGUGGGCGAUGCGGGUGGGCAUCCAAGACCAUCCAGAGUGGUAUCUUCCCCUGACGAGUAAUUCCAGCUUCGAGGAUUUCCAGCAGCACUUGCACAGCGUGCCCAGGCUCUCUGAUGUGUGCCCCAAGCCGUGCUCUUGGCGGUCCGCGGACCAGCCUCGGACAAGCUCUGGAUCUUCGACGCCUGCAGUUCAACCUAUUGGAACUCCGAUGCCUACAGCGCAGCAGGCUGGAACUCCAAUGCCAACAGAAAUCCACGAGGAUGACCUACUUACAUCGGCCUACCCUGGAUACGAGCAGACCGGUCGUAAUUGCAGGUGUGGAGCCCCAAUCAGACAGUUGUCAGAGGGGUUCGCAUCUCUCGAGUUGUGUGCCUCGGAGUGCUCGUUGUUACCCACCUGCAAGGCCAUCAGUCUUCACCCUUGGCAGUCUAUCUGGAGAGGCCAAUGCGAUUUGUACGAUGCGCCGUGUGAGGAAACGAAUGGGCAUGACUCCAACACCACCUGUGCCGACCCAACCCCAGAAGGAGCUCUGACUGUCAACUUUAACCGGAUCCCGACGCCCGCGCCCACACCUGCACCCACGCCAGCUCCAGAUCCUUGCGAUGUCACGGACGGAUCGUUUCUGAGUUCGUUCUACCCUUGUCAGUGCGGGCCUGAAGUGUGUGUAGCAAGCGAGGUCUGCUCGGCUAGUUCGUGCGCUCCUCCGAACAUCCUCAAGGUAGAAUGGCCGUGCCUGACGACUUCGAUCGGAAGCCCCUACUUCGUGCUCUCGGGGAGCAGCGCAAACGGUUCGCCAGUGUACGGCAACACCGAUGGCAAUUACAUGUAUUGGGACGUGUCGUGUGAUGGUAUCGAGCGACCUUUGAAAUAUCAGCAGCCGCGAUGGAUUCUCGACUCGGACUCACCAAACAUGUCAGCGGCAAUGGAUUUAGAUUCUGAUUCGACGUGUUCUUAUUUUGGGCAUCACGAUAGUUUUGACUUGCAUGGUGUCCCUCUGGGGAGCACAACGUGGACGGUGGCAUGCGACGGUGGAGUUUCCAACAUGACAGUGAACAUCACUUACGAAGCGUAUCUUCCCACACCAUCGCCGACGAUGGAACCUGGGGCACCGUGCACUUGCGGCCCGAACGCGUGUGGCAUUUUUCCCUAUAUUGACCUAGAUGGCGAUGGCUGCCUAGUGGAGGAGGAAGUGGACAAAGUGGAGACGCUCUGCGGGCACUUUACCGAGAUAGACGCGGACGGGGACGGCUGCGUUACCCAGGCAGAAUGCGGGGACUCGCCGUACUCGAAUGACCUGCCGGGCUUCCCAAUCCAGGGCCCAGCUGAGUGCGACUACGGAUAUUACUUCGUGGACGGCACCAGCGUCUGCCAGCAGUGCACCACCGGUUCCUGUCGGCGGCGCCGCUCGGAGGCCUGUAGCGACUGCCCCUCGGGCAAAGAGGACCUGGGCGACUUCGAUAGCUGCAUCGGGGGUGUGUGGCUUACUGAAUCCAUCACAGUUGGGUCCGACCUUGUCUUCGUCAACAAGGACCUCGACGAGAGCGGGGUCCUGCUGCAGAGGGGCGAUGGGAUCACCAUGUCGACGCGCAACCCUGGCCACUUCGAGAGAAUGGUCAUCCUCGACAAGGUUGGUUUUGAUGAUGACCAGAGGUUGUCGUCAUACCAUGAGUCUUUGCUCCGCAAGAGCGGGCCCUUCUUCGUGCUGGACCACGGGGUGCACGCACCGUUCAGCAUGUACGACGCGGUCAUCUCUGCCUGCACAAUGGUCAAUGGAAUCUCGCUUAGCGGGCAGUACCCGUGCGGAUGCGGCACGGAUAUUUGCGAUUUCGGGUACAGGUGUGACGAGCAGUGCAGCGGGAACAACACGGCAAUCGAUUCCUACGUGGGCAGCAGCUUCGGGGACGGCGGAUGCUGCAUCGGCCCCGCUGUCUCUCCCCUGCCCACCCCGGCCCCGACGGUGUCGGCCAAGGGCGACCCGCACUUGGUCAACCUUCAAGGCGAGCAUUUCGACGUCAACCACGGCGGCGAGUUCACUUUGCUUCGCAUCCCGCAGGCCGCCGACAGUACCGCCGAGAUGCAGCUUCAGGCAACCAUCCGCCCCGAGCACGGGAAGCCAUGCACCACGUACAUCACCGCGGUGGAGCUCUCGGGCGCAUGGAUCGGUGGCGUGGUCGUGCAGGUGCGCUCCUACUUGAGAUCGCACACCAAGAAUGAAAGCGACAAGUUCUUGGGGCUCCGAGUGCUGGAGCCAGGUGCGCCAGAAGAUGUUCCAUGGACGAGGCUCGCGGAUUGGACCGAUGGGAACAUCGUUCUCUCCAAGCAGCAGACAAGCGGCGAUGUCAGGGUGGCCAUGUCCAAGGCACAGUGGCGCACCCGGAAGGGCGUGAAGGAAGGCUUGCCGACCGUGGCCGGGCAGCUCCAGGUGACGAUGCAGAGCAGGGGAGGCAGAGAUUCCGCGAUGAUCGUCGUCCGCCAAGAUCUUCCCAUGCAGGAGCACCUGAAUUUGGCUGUGCGGCGCUUGAGCGCACUCGGUCGUGCUGACAUUGGCGGGCUUCUUGGAUUCGAUGCGCAUGCCGCGUCCCUAGAGGAUGUCACCCCGGAGUGCCAGCGUCACAGGGAUGGGUUGGACACGAAGAAAGGUCCUCACUCAACGCCAGGCUGGAAGAUUCGCUGGCAGAGGAUCAAGGAGCGGCGCGCGAGCAAGUCCGUGACGGGUGGGUCAAUGAACGACAACGAGGCAGCUGCCGGAUUCAUGGAGAAGAUGCCCAUGAACGGGAAUGACAUGAUGUGCGUCUGCUCCAGCAGAGAGCCCAGGCACUUCACAGAGGACGACUACACCGCGAACCUGAUAGGUGGAGAAGGCCAGGGCGUCCUUGCAAAGUUCCAGACUGGCAGGCUUGCGGAGGCAACGUGGGACUGAUGACCACGCGUCGAAUUGGCCCGCCCGAUCGCCAGCAUACCCGUGCAGCAGCCUUGGCCGUGUCUGCCGCACCUACAUGGCGGAUUGGCUCCCACGUCGAAGUCGAGAAGCCUGCGGGGUCGCCGAUUGGGCGUUCCGCAGGCCUCGCCACGCCGAUGCAGCUCGUGAGGGGCGGCGGGGGAUCGAUCAGAGGCUACGGUGGGGCUAGGCGGAGGUGGAGGAGGGAGAGCCGCCAUCUUUUCAUGAUCAAUAUGCACGAAGGCGCACGUCUAGCCUUUGAUCUUGUUGAGUGGUUUCUCCCGGUCUUCGUGAGGAUGCCCUUGCAAAGUUCCAGACUGGUCGGCUUGUGGUGGAGGCAGUUUGAGCAGCAGUCUUGAUCUAUUGCGCCUAGAGGGUGCACGAUCUCGCACGCCAUUUCGAAGUUCGCGUGGCCUCUGGCCAGGGUCUUUGCAAGCAGCGAUGCUUCGAUGCAGUUCGUUACAGACGGCGGAUAUUGGUCAGGGGUUACUGGGGGAGAGGAGGAGGCGGAGGUGGAGGAGGAAGUGCCAUCUUUUCACGCUUCCAUCACGUCGUAGCAUGCUUCUUUGGCUUUUGAUCCGUCGAGCCCUCUCCGGUUUGCUGUUGCUUGCUCGAUUCCCUUGGCUUUACAGUGUGUUUAAUAACACGCUUUUGUGCCAUGCGUGCACGCGGGCAGCGCGAGCAGCACGUCGCUUGGACGUGUUUGUUCCCUGGACUGCCGCGGUGCUCACUCGACUGGCUGCCUUGGGUCAGUUCCAC